AUGACAAGUCUGUUCCGUAGGAGUAACAGCAAUGGCAGUGCACGGAGCAACUCUUCCACUCAGGAACUUAACAACAGCCGGCCUGUACGCAGGUUGGAGUUCAACCAGGCUAUGGAGGAUUUUAAAACCAUGUUUCCAAACAUGGAAUAUGACAUUAUUGAGUGUGCUUGAGGGCUAACAAUGGAGCAGUGGAUGCUACUAUUGAUCAGUUACUACAGAUGAACCUGGAUGAUGGUGGCUAUGAUGACAGUUCGGACUCGGAUGACAGCAUUCCUCCUGAGAUUCUGGAAAGAACUCUAGAACCAGACAGUUCAGAUGAGGAGCCCCCUCCAGUUUAUUCACCGCCAUCCUAUGACCUGCAAUCAUUUGAUAGACCUCAUCCACAAACCCCGCCUACACCACCUCCUCGGAUUGAUGUGAUUUCAACCAGUAGCUCUCAGGUACCAAAACUGUGUAGGAACUGGAACCCCCCUCUCUUAGGAAACUUGCCUGAUGAUUUUCUGCGCAUUUUACCCCAACAGAUGGACAGUGUUCAGGGUUGCCAGAGUGGACUUUCUUCAUUACAGUGUGAAGACUCCAAAAAAGAAAACCAUGGGUCUGUGGACCAGGAAAGGAAGUUGAAGCAGUAUUUGCAGGAUGAGAGGAUUGCACUCUUUUUACAAAAUGAAGAAUUUAUGAGAGAGCUUCAGAGAAACCGAGAAUUUCUCCUUGCACUUGAAAGAGAUCGUUUGAAAUAUGAGUCUAAAAAAACAAAGUCUAGCAGUGUGUCGGCAAGUGGUGAUUUCAGCUUUUGCCCUUCACUAUCAGGUUGCUGUGAUUCUAAUAAUGUUAUAUCUGAAGAUGCCUUAUUUAGGGAUAAAUUAAAACACAUGGGUAAAUCUACUAGAAAAAAGUUGUUGGAGAUAGCCCGGGCUUUUUCUGAGAGAACAAAGAUGAGGAAGUCAAAGAGGAAACAUCUGCUCAAGCAUCAAGUGUUAGGAACUGCAGCCUCCACAGCCAAUCUUCUGGAUGACAUUGAAGGACAUUCUUGUGGUAAACUUGUUUAA